CGCCGCGCGCAGCCAACCAGCGCGGCGGGAGGGGCGCGGGGCGGGCCGGGCCGGGGGCGCGCAGCCCGUCACGCGGUGCCGCCGUCACAGCGCCCAGCGCAGCCUUGGAGCAGCAGCAGCUCCGCGCUCGGGGACCCGCGCCCAUGCCCGUGCCCAUGCGGGGCCGCCGCCAGUGACGCCGGAGAGGUGUCUCCGAGCUCACUUGGGCUCCCAACACUGCUAAGGGUGACCCACAAAGGCCAGAGAGAUGGCCGGGGCCUCCGUGAAGGUGGCGGUACGCGUCCGCCCCUUUAAUUCCCGGGAGAUGAGCCGAGACUCCAAGUGCAUCAUCCAGAUGUCUGGAAGCACCACAACCAUCAUUAACCCUAAACAGCCCAAGGAGACACCCAAAAGCUUCAGCUUCGACUACUCCUACUGGUCGCACACCUCGCCUGAGGACAUCAACUAUGCCUCACAGAAGCAGGUGUACCGGGACAUCGGUGAGGAGAUGCUGCAGCAUGCCUUUGAGGGUUACAACGUGUGCAUCUUCGCCUAUGGGCAGACGGGGGCCGGCAAGUCCUACACCAUGAUGGGCAAGCAGGAGAAGGAGCAGCAGGGCAUCAUCCCCCAGCUCUGUGAGGACCUGUUCUCCCGUAUCAACGACACGACCAAUGACAACAUGUCCUACUCCGUGGAGGUCAGCUACAUGGAGAUUUACUGUGAGCGUGUCCGUGACCUCCUGAAUCCCAAGAACAAGGGCAACCUGCGUGUGAGAGAGCACCCGCUGCUGGGGCCGUACGUGGAGGACCUCUCCAAGCUGGCCGUCACCUCCUACAAUGACAUCCAGGACCUCAUGGACUCAGGGAACAAGGCCAGGACCGUGGCGGCCACAAACAUGAAUGAAACCAGCAGCCGCUCCCACGCAGUCUUCAACAUCAUCUUCACCCAGAAGCGCCAUGAUGCGGAGACCAACAUCACCACAGAGAAAGUGAGCAAAAUCAGCCUGGUGGACCUGGCCGGGAGUGAGCGGGCCGACUCCACAGGAGCCAAGGGCACACGUCUCAAGGAGGGAGCCAACAUCAAUAAGUCCUUGACCACGCUGGGGAAGGUCAUCUCUGCUCUGGCCGAAAUGGACUCGGGGCCCAAUAAGAACAAGAAAAAGAAGAAGACAGAUUUCAUUCCAUACAGAGAUUCCGUGCUGACCUGGCUCCUCCGAGAAAAUCUGGGUGGGAACUCGAGGACGGCGAUGGUGGCGGCCCUGAGCCCUGCAGACAUCAACUACGACGAGACUCUGAGCACGCUGAGGUAUGCUGACCGAGCCAAACAGAUCCGCUGUAACGCCGUCAUCAAUGAGGACCCGAACAACAAGCUAAUCCGUGAGCUGAAGGACGAGGUGACCCGGCUGCGGGACCUGCUGUACGCCCAGGGUCUCGGGGACAUCACCGAUACCAACACUGUGCCCGGAGGACCCAAAUUGACCAACGCCCUGGUGGGCGUGAGCCCCUCGUCCUCGCUCUCGGCCCUGUCCAGCCGUGCCGCCUCCGUGUCCAGCCUGCACGAGCGCAUCUUGUUUGCCCCGGGCAGUGAGGAGGCCAUCGAGAGGCUGAAGGAGACGGAGAAGAUCAUCGCUGAGCUCAACGAGACAUGGGAGGAGAAGCUGCGGCGGACGGAAGCCAUCCGGAUGGAGAGGGAAGCCCUACUGGCCGAGAUGGGUGUGGCCAUGAGGGAGGAUGGCGGCACACUGGGGGUGUUUUCUCCCAAAAAGACGCCACAUCUUGUCAACCUGAACGAGGACCCACUGAUGUCCGAGUGCCUCCUGUACUACAUCAAGGAUGGGAUCACCAGAGUGGGCCGGGAGGAUGGGGAGAGGCGGCAGGACAUCGUCCUGAGCGGGCACUUCAUCAAGGAGGAGCACUGCGUCUUCCGGAGCGACUCCCGAGGGGGCAGUGAAGCUGUGGUGACCCUGGAGCCCUGCGAGGGCGCAGACACCUAUGUCAAUGGCAAGAAGGUCACGGAGCCCAGCAUCCUGCGGUCAGGAAACCGCAUCAUCAUGGGGAAGAGCCACGUGUUCCGGUUCAACCACCCUGAGCAGGCGAGGCAGGAGCGUGAGCGCACGCCCUGCGCCGAGACACCCGCCGAGCCCGUGGACUGGGCCUUCGCCCAGCGGGAGCUGCUGGAAAAGCAGGGCAUUGACAUGAAGCAGGAGAUGGAGCAGAGGCUCCAGGAGCUGGAGGACCAAUACCGCCGGGAGCGCGAGGAGGCCACCUACCUGCUGGAGCAACAGAGGCUGGACUACGAGAGCAAGCUGGAGGCCCUGCAGAAGCAGAUGGACUCCAGGUACUACCCGGAGGUGAACGAGGAGGAGGAGGAGCCAGAGGAUGAAGUCCCGUGGACAGAGAGGGAAUGUGAGCUGGCGCUUUGGGCCUUCCGGAAGUGGAAGUGGUACCAGUUCACGUCGCUGCGGGACCUGCUGUGGGGCAACGCCAUCUUCCUCAAGGAGGCCAAUGCCAUCAGCGUUGAGCUCAAGAAGAAGGUCCAGUUCCAGUUUGUCCUCCUCACGGACACGCUCUACUCCCCGCUGCCGCCGGACCUGCUGCCCCCAGAGGCCGCCAAAGACCGGGAGACUCGCCCCUUCCCCCGCACCAUUGUGGCCGUGGAGGUCCAGGACCAGAAGAAUGGGGCCACCCACUACUGGACGCUGGAGAAGCUCAGGCAGCGCCUGGACCUGAUGCGGGAGAUGUACGACCGGGCAGCUGAGGUGCCCUCCAGUGUCAUUGAGGACUGUGACAAUGUGGUGACUGGCGGAGACCCCUUCUACGACCGAUUUCCCUGGUUCCGGCUGGUGGGCAGUUCAGUCAUCUCUGGCUGCAACAGCUACCCUCUUCUCAACACAUGCAUGAGCGAGCGCAUGGCUGCUCUCACCCCCUCCCCCACCUUCUCGAGCCCCGACUCCGACGCCACCGAGCCUGCCGAGGAGCAGAGCGUGGGGGAGGAGGAGGAGGAGGAGGAGGAGGAGGAGGAGGACCUGGAGGACGACGUCUUUCCGGAGCACGCGCUGUGCGACGGCCGGGACCCGUUUUACGACCGGCCCCCCCUGUUCAGUUUAGUAGGAAGGGCCUUCGUGUACCUGAGCAACCUGCUGUACCCCGUGCCCCUGGUGCACCGCGUGGCCGUCGUCAGCGAGAAGGGAGAGGUGAAGGGCUUCCUCCGCGUGGCCGUCCAGGCCACCUCAGCUGAUGAAGAGGCCCCUGACUAUGGCUCCGGUGUCCGGCAGUCAGGAACCGCCAGAAUCUCCUUCGACGACCAGCAUUUUGAAAAGUUCCAGUCUGAGUCCUGCCCAGUGGUGGGGAUGUCCCGCUCUGGGACCUCCCAGGAAGAGCUUCGUAUCGUGGAAGGUCAGGGCCAGGGUGCGGAUGCUGGGCCCUCAGCUGACGAGGUCAACAACAACACUUGCUCAGCCGUGCCUCCAGAAGGCCUCCUCCUGGACAGCCCCGAGAAAGCCCCCCUGGAUGGGCCCCUGGACGCUGCCCUGGACCAUCUGCGCCUGGGCAGCACCUUCACCUUCCGGGUGACCGUCCUGCAGGCAUCCAGCAUCUCCGCUGAAUACGCCGACAUCUUCUGCCAGUUCAACUUCAUCCAUCGCCAUGACGAGGCCUUCUCCACGGAGCCCCUCAAGAACACGGGGAGGGGCCCCCCACUUGGCUUCUACCAUGUCCAAAACAUUGCGGUGGAGGUGACCAAGUCCUUCAUCGAGUACAUCAAGAGCCAGCCCAUCGUGUUCGAGGUCUUUGGCCACUACCAGCAGCACCCGUUCCCACCCCUCUGCAAGGACGUGCUCAGCCCCCUGAGGCCCUCGCGCCGCCACUUCCCAAGGGUCAUGCCGCUGUCCAAGCCAGUGCCCGCCACCAAGCUCAGCACGCUAGCGCGGCCCUGCCCCGGGCCCUGCCACUGCAAGUACGACCUGCUGGUGUACUUCGAGAUCUGUGAGCUGGAGGCCAAUGGCGAUUACAUUCCUGCAGUGGUGGACCACCGCGGGGGGAUGCCGUGCAUGGGGACCUUCCUGCUCCACCAGGGCAUCCAGAGACGGAUUACCGUGACCCUGCUGCAUGAGACAGGCAGCCACAUCCGCUGGAAGGAAAUUCGAGAGCUGGUGGUGGGUCGGAUCCGAAACACACCAGAAACUGAUGAGUCCCUGAUCGACCCCAACAUCUUGUCUCUCAACAUCCUGUCCUCCGAUUACAUCCACCCGGCCCAGGACGACCGGACCUUCUACCAGUUCGAGGCUGCGUGGGACAGCUCCAUGCACAACUCUCUCCUGCUCAACCGGGUCACCCCGUACCGAGAGAAGAUCUACAUGACUCUCUCAGCUUACAUCGAGAUGGAGAACUGCACCCAGCCAGCCGUCAUCACCAAGGACUUCUGCAUGGUCUUUUACUCUCGGGAUGCCAAGCUACCUGCUUCACGCUCCAUCCGCAACCUGUUUGGCAGUGGGAGCCUGCGGGCCUCGGAGAGCAACCGCGUGACGGGCAUCUAUGAGCUCAGCCUGUGCCACGUGGCCGAUGCUGGCAGCCCAGGGAUGCAGCGGCGGCGAAGGCGAGUGCUGGAUACAUCUGUGGCCUACGUCCGCGGCGAGGAGAACCUGGCGGGCUGGAGGCCCCGGAGUGACAGCCUCAUCCUGGACCACCAGUGGGAGCUGGAGAAGCUGAGUCUGCUGCAGGAGGUGGAGAAGACUAGGCACUACCUCCUGCUGCGAGAGAAGCUGGAGACCAGCCAGCGGCCCGGCCCCGAAGCGCCGUCCCCCGCUUUCAGCGAGGACUCCGGUUCCCACGGCUCGUCCAGCCCCUCCUCCCCACUCUCAGCCGAGGGCCGGCCCUCCCCUCCGGAGGCUCCCAGCGAGAGACAGCGGGAGCUAGCCGUCAAGUGCUUACGCCUCCUCACGCACACAUUCAACAGAGAGUAUGCCCAUAGUCACGUCUGCAUCAGCGCCAGUGAGAGCAAGCUCUCUGAGAUGUCUGUCACCCUGCUUCGGGACCCGUCCAUGUCCCCUCUGGGGGCGGCCACGCUCACCCCCUCCUCCACCUGCCCCUCUCUGGUCGAAGGGCGGUACGGAGCCGCUGAGCUGAGGACCCCUCAGCCCUGCUCCCGGCCGGCCAGUCCAGAGCCCGAACCUGUGCCAGAGACAGAUCCGAAGAAGCUUCCCUCCCCGGCUCGGGCAACGGAGGCAGACAAGGAGCCCCAGCGCCUGCUGGUUCCUGACAUCCAGGAGAUCCGGGUCAGCCCCAUCGUCUCUAAGAAGGGGUACCUGCACUUCCUGGAGCCACACACGGCGGGCUGGGCCAAGCGCUUUGUGGUGGUGCGGCGGCCCUACGCCUACAUGUACAACAAUGACAAGGACUCCGUGGAGAGGUUUGUGCUCAACCUCUCCACCGCCCAGGUGGAGUACAGCGAGGACCAGCAGGCCAUGCUCAAGACGCCCAACACGUUUGCUGUGUGCACGGAGCACCGUGGCAUCCUGCUGCAGGCCAACAGUGACAAGGACAUGCACGACUGGCUGUACGCUUUCAACCCGCUCCUGGCCGGCACCAUACGGUCCAAGCUCUCCAGAAGGCGGUCUGCCCAGAUGCGGGUGUGAGCAGGAGCCCUCCCGACAGCCAGCAGGCCGGCCCCACCCCCAGGCCUCAUCACCACCCGUCAUGUCACGCGUGCCCAGCCUGCCCCACCAGCCAGCCAGCAAGUCCCCUCUUGGGGACACCACCUCUGGCCCAGGGACCUGUGCCACACGACCUGUCCUGCGCCCAGCAGAGGCCGCGUUUGUUCUUUGUUCUUUCCGAGCGUGCCCUGGGUGGGAAGAGCUGGGAGGUGCUGGAGAGGCCAGAGGGCACAAGCCACAGGGGCAUCGCCGCCGUUCUGAUAUUUUUUUAAGCAUAGACAGACUUAUAAUUAAUAUACAUUAGUUAGUGACAUUGAAACAGUCCACUCAGAAAUUAACUAUAAGACUGUGUUCUAUUUAUAAGUAUUUAUUUCUAAUGCCUUCACAUACACCUGUAGGAUUCCGAUGGACCCUGUCCCCCGCUUGCUCCCACUCACGUCCCCCAAGGCUCGUA